ACUCACUGAAUCUCACAGAGAGAGAGAGAGAGAGAGAGAGAGCGCGCAAUGGGCAACCGACGGUUUUCGCUGGUAGCAACUAGCGACGACGAGGACGACGCACCACCACCACGUCCGUCGUAUUCCGCCAACACCGAGGAAGACCAAAGGAAUCUCAGGAAACGUAAGAAAAUGAAGCUUAACGAAGAAGAAGAAGAAGAGGAGGAAGCACCAAGGACAAAGAAAAAUAAAGGCAAAGAAAUCGAACAGUCCUUGAGCGGUGAUGAAGAAGAGGUUAAGGAAGAGGCUUUGCAGGAGGAUGCUAAGCCUAUUGGAGAGGUUAUUAGGGUUUCUGGAAAAGGUCGCGGGAGGCGAAACCACUUCGGGGUGUUCGAGUACGAUGGACUUCAGUAUAAUCUCGAGGAUCCUGUGCUUUUAGUUCCCGAGGAAUCAAAUCAAAAGCCGUAUGUGGCCAUAAUUAAGGAUAUCACACAAACCAAAAAUGGGAGCAUGAUGGUUACUGGGCAGUGGUUUUAUCGUCCUGAGGAGGCAGAGAAAAGAGGAGGUGGAAAUUGGCAGUCACAAGAUACAAGGGAACUAUUCUAUAGUUUCCAUCGUGAUGAAGUUCCAGCAGAAUCUGUGAUGCACAAGUGUGUGGUGCACUUUAUUCCUUUAAACAAGCAAAUUCCAAAACGUAAACAGCAUCCUGGUUUUAUCGUCCAAAGGGUGUAUGACACAGAACAAAGGAGACUUUUUAAGCUGACAGAUAAAGAUUAUGAAGACAACAAACAGCAUGAGAUUGAUGUUCUUGUUCAGAAGACUAUAUCUCGAUUGGGAGAACUAAUUGACAUCGAGACCGAAGAUAACACUGCUGAUCAGGAAGAUCAGUUGAAAAAUAAACGACUGCUUCGGAAAAAGAGCAUGCCACCUCUGGAUGUUUCAAGGGAGGAAGAAGCCACCAGGUCUGGUCAAUCUCUAAAAGCAGAAACACCAGGAAGCUGUACUAGUACGGCUUCUGGAUACCACAAUAUUCUAGCAAACUUCAAGGCCUUAACUGGUGAAAUACAGCGUGACAAGUGGUUGGAAAAGCUUCUCCAAGGAGUUGAAUUUAUUUGCACUUCUACAAAUAGCGGGGACAAUGAGGGCAAAGAAAAAGGUGGAUCUGAUGGUACUGACCCUUCUAGGGAGAGUAAUGUCUCAAAAGUUGCAAAUGGAUCUCAAGGCAAGAAUCUCAAUGUUGAUUUAUCUUUUCGAUGGCCAGAUGCUGCUGUUCCUGCUAUAACUGCUCUUGAGAAGGCCUCACAUGAGGCUCAUUCCGCAGAUUUUCUGAAGUAUAACCAAAAGAUGAGGCAGCUAUCUUUCAAUCUUAAGAACAAUGCAGCAUUAUCGCGCCGUUUACUAAAUGGAGAGCUGGAACCUUCAAAAAUACUAAACAUGUCACCUACUGAGUUAAAGGAAGGUUUGACAGCAGAGGAGAUGGCAAGAAAGCAACCUCAGGAGUCUGAGCGGAUGCAGGUUCCAUUUAUAUGUCAAAUUGUUUUUAUUUAAAGAUGUGUGGAAGAAACAUGGUUGUCACGUCUGAGGACAAACGACAUUGGACGUGACAAUUACCAGUAAGUGGAAAUAAGUGGACAACGUUUAGAAGCUUUUCACCAUGUUGGCUGUCAAAUACAAGAUUGGUUCCUUCUCAAAGAUUUGAUGGGUCGACACUUGCUUCUUGCUUAUUCAAAAUCCAGUACUAUAUAUCUUUAAGGGAAGGAGUGCAUCGCCUUUUCUUCAUUCCUGGAACCUUUUGUUUCUUAUUUUUGCCUUCUCACAGGAUGCUGUGGCGUUUGUGUAGUUUUGCUCAUGGAAUAUAGUCAUAGAGUAUUAAUAGUGAAGAAUAAUUGUUAUAAAGGAUAAAUUACAAAACAUUAAAUCCCUUGGUCUUAUGCACAAUUGAACCAUUUUUUUAAGUGCCCAAACAGAAGCUGGGCAAUGUCCACUUGUUGGAGGGUGAAAGUGUUAUUAGGACUCCAACUUGAAGAAGGCUUUAUUUCAGCACAAAGUGUCCUGCACAUCAUUAUUUUUGUUGUUGGGGGUUCAUUGCUAGUGGUGUAUACAAUUUUUUUUUGUUUGCAUUUAUUAUGCUGUCAUCUUAUCAUUUGACUUGUGAGACAGAUGACUGAUGCUCGCUGCAAAAGAUGCAUGGAGAAAAAAGUUGGUCUAAUAGACAUUAUUCAAGCUGGACAUGGAAAUCGUUAUCAGCUGGAAUGUAUUGCAUGUGGGAAUACGUGGUAUGCAUCUAGCGAUGCCGCAUCUACACUGACAAUAGACGGGCCAAAUUCUUCGAGGACUGUUGGCACUGCACCAUUGGCCACUGCCAAGUUUGAAGAUGUUGAGAAGUUGGUCAGUCCACGUGCAUCCGAUAAGUCAACCAGCGACACUCUGAAGAAAACCACAGAGGCUUACAUGCCCGUCUUGGACAACCAGAAAUCAUUCAACAAAUCCAGAACUGGAGACAACCCCGCAACCACUAGUGCUCAGUAGGAUCUGCUACGCUGAUUCUAUAGGUUUUCAGUCGCUAGGUAAUCAUGGUUCACUCCUACAUAUAGCUAAUUAUAUCAAUAUUUGGUGUCACCUUACAGAUUUCCAUGUAAAAUGUUUAACCAUCUAGAAGCGAUGUCAAUAGUUUUUUUUCCCCCUCUUUUCUUAUGUAGACUGGAACAGUUAUCUUCUUGGGUGAUUUGAGAGUUUUGCAUUUGCCUAUAGGAUUGCCAAUGGAUUAGAUCUAGAUCUGAAUUUUGAAUCUGCGAUACCAAUUAGAUUCGGAUUUGGAUUGUAUUGUUGAUUAUCUGAAAUCUUUGUAUCUGAUCUGAUUAUAAUUUGAUUUGACAUACUAUAUAAAAAUAUAUAUGAGA